GCAUCUCCAAUUGGCCCAUCAACCCAUAACUCCUUAAUUAUGACCUAAAUAAAUUACAUUUUUUGUAAGGAACAAAGCACUUUGAUCGCAUUGAUGCAAACAACCUUAGCCAGCUACUUUAUCUUCGUCAAACCUUUCGUCUCGAAUGACUGGCCUCGUUAUGGAUUGAAACAGUUGACCUGUCUUGUUCACUGAAGAAGAGCAACUUUAUUUUUCGAGAGUUCUUCUCGAGUUGAAAACCAAAGUUCACGAAAGUAUUUUGGGUUUAGAUUCCUUACGUUAAACUUAUUAGACAUGUUUUAAAUAGCCCGUCGGCGGUUUUCACCGUGAUUUCAGAGGAACAGCGAAAAUAUGUCAGAGGAAAAAGAGAAGCUACUUUCUAAAGAAUUCCUCUUCUCUGACGAGUAUGAAGCUGAAGAGGAAGAGACCGAUGUGAAGACCUACUCUUUCCAGACAUUUUUCAACAUUUUCAAUGCCAAUAUGGGUACAGGAAUUCUUGCCAUGCCAUAUGUUAUACGUUUGACAGGYUAUUGGGGUGUGCUUCUUAUCAUUCUGGUAGGGAUACUUGGAAACUAUACCGGCAAGAUACUCAUAAAAUGCUUGCAUGAGAAYACUCCAGAAGAAAGCUUUAACAAACAUACGUAUGCCGACCUUGGGGAAGCAUUUUGGCCGCGAUAUGGGCGUCGAAUGGUCCAUAUUGUCAACUUUGUCGAGCAAUUCUCCCACUGCAUUCUGUUCCUGAUAAUGUGUGGCACCGUGAUGCACCAUACUUUCCCWGACAGUGGGAUUUCGGAGAGUAUCUGGAUUACGAUCACGUCGCUUCUAGUUCUGCCUGUAGCUUACGUGAAGAAUAUGAAGCAUAUWUCACAUAUCAGUCUGUUGACKGUGAUCGUCGCUAUGGGAUCGUCGACUUGUGUUCUUGGGUACAGUUUGUAUCAUCAUGGACAAUGGAAAACUCAUAAUUUCUCUCCGUUCAACUUCAGGCAUAUGGCAAUAGCCAUGGGAAUUGUCACCGUUACAUAUUCCUCGAAUGCGUACUUGCCAGCCAUCGAAAAAUCCAUGAAAUACCCGGCAGAGUUCAAUGCYAUGAUGAAUUUCACSUACACCCUCGUGACCAUUAUCAAAUACAACUAUGGYAUUCUGGUUUUCUUCUGUUUUGGUAAACACACCGAGCAAAUWAUGACGCUAAGUCUACCAAGUUCACCUUUCCGCGUCUUCCUUUCGGUCGCUGUCAUCAUCACUGCUCUUCUGUUCUACGUUGUGCCGAUGUUUACACUUUAUCACAUCUUUGAGAACGAGCUGGAUAUUCCAAUAYUGAAGAAACURGGYAAUGAGCCUUUGAAAUGCAACACGUACUGUACGCCGAGACGCGUUUCAAGAUUUCUCAUCAUUCUCGCGUCAAUUGUGGUUGCAAUAUUUGUACCACAUUUUGGUCUUCUCAUGUCGUUUGUUGGAGGGUUGACUGGAACCUGUCUGGUGUAUGUGUUCCCUUGCUUAUUUCACGUGAAACUCCACCAUAAAACACUUCCUUGGCAUAACAUUGCCCUAGAUGUGAUGAUUAUAAUAUUUGGUGUAGUAAGUUGUACAUGUGGGGUGGUAUACUCAGCUUUACAAAUCGCUAAAGAGUACGAUUUCUAUAAGAUGUGGGGUAUAGAACCCGAUACUGAUUAAACUAUAAGUAAAAUAGAAUAGUUCCCUAGAAUAUAUAAGCACGGAUGAUCUAAGCGAUAGAUAAUGCAACCAAAAAUAUUCAAUGGUAAUAAUAAAAGGGAUAAAUAAAUGGAA